CCACCGCGACAUAGGUUAUUUUGUUAAGUUGCCCUUGCUGUAACACUCCAUGGCAUAAUUUGGAACGGUGAGGAGUGAAAAUUUAAUAAAUUAGCCGGCGUGUGUGGAUUUGUGAAUAUCAAAAAUGAUAGACUUCCUUCAAUCAUUCAAGACUUUGGUCAAAGUAGAGACAAUCCACAUUGAUAAUUACGUAUUCAAAUGCCACUACAAACUCACAGUGAUUAUGCUAAUUGUUUUUUCGAUUAUGCUGACCAGCAAACAAUAUUUCGGUGAACCGAUUGAAUGUCAAUCGGAUGGGGACAUGAAUGGCCUCAACACUUACUGCUGGAUUGAGGGAAUUUACACCUUAAAAACUAAUACUACUGGGCCUCUGAGGGGUCUCGGUAACAGUCCAAGUGUAUAUUCAGAAAAUCGGUACAGGCCAGACAAAAUUAAUCAUUAUAAAUAUUACCAGUAUGUUUCAUUUCUGUUCUGUAUGCAAGCCCUAGUAUUUUAUCUGCCGAGAUAUUUGUGGAAAAAUUGGGAGCAAGGACUUUUAAAAUAUUUGUUGACCGAUUUAAUUGGUCCUGUAGCCAAACCAAACUGGACAACCCAGACAAAAGAUAUGUUGGUAAAUUAUCUUCUCAAUGGAAAAUAUCCACAUAAUAAAUACGCACUGCGUUAUUGUUUCUGUGAAUUUUUAAAUCUACUAAAUGUGAUUGGGCAAUUAUUAUUACUGGAUUGGUUUCUGUUAGGUAAUUUCCUGCCCUAUGGUGUAGAAGUAAUGAACGGUCGUCCCAAUUCCAUCUCGAACGUGUUUCCACUGAAGGCCAAAUGUAACUUUGACAAAUACGGUGUGAGCGGUACCAAAGAACUCUAUGACGCUCUCUGCAUUCUACCACUAAACGCACUUAACGAGAAAAUAUUCCUCGUAAUCUGGUUUUGGUUGUUUUUCCUAUUAAUUAUUUCCAGCGUGGCGUUAAUUUAUCGGAUUUUUGUGCUCGCCAUUCCGAGGGUGAGAGUUUAUUUAUUAUUGGGCCGCAUCAAGCAUUUUGGAAUAAAUAAGGCGACUGUUCUUAUUCGACAGUUGACCUUCGGAGACUUCUUUAUACUGCACAGUAUCGGCAAGAACAUUAAUCCUGUCGUGUAUGGGGAGCUGCUCAAUAGUCUCUAUGACCACGUAAGGAACAAAAAAAUAUUUUAUGACAGUACUCGAAUUGAAGAAGCCUAAUUUCCAAAAUUCAGUUAUAGAGGUCAAUUUUUUUAUUUACUCUUUGUAUUAAUUGUUUUUUUUUUGUUAUUUACAGUUCAAGCCUUUUGGAAGAAUAUUGUAGUUAGUGAAUGUAUUCAAGAGUUGUACGUAAUAAUCUUGUUACACUGACAUCACUCAAUAGAGAUAAUUCAUUUUUUUACUUCAAUAUUAAUGAGGUCUUACUUUUUUGUUAUACAUAUGUUGUUAAUAUAGGAAUAUAAGUACGUUAAGAAAUCCUAAAAGACUAAAAUCAGGGAGCAAUGUUGCUUUAUAUUAUUUUGAUAGAGAAUGUAUUUUUAUUUAAAUAUUUGUGAACCAUGCAGAUAUGGUUGUUUAUGUGAGUUUCUACUACAUUAACUUAUGUGUGUAAUGUUAUUUCUAAUAGUUGAUUUAAUUUGUUAGAAUGUUGUUUCUUAGUACCGAGUUUAUAAACUAAUGUACAUUUUAAAAUGUAUGUUUAAAUAGUUUUGUUAUUUACUUGGAUUUUUAUGUUGUUUAUAUCACCAGUUUUAAAACAUGGCUGUGCUAAACGCAAUUUGUAUUUAAUAUUAGGAUGAAAAAUGUUAAUUAAAAUUAGUGAAUACCUGUUACUUAUAAGAAAAACAUAUUUAUUUGAUAAUAUAGCAAUGCCUUGAAUAUGUUAGAUGCCAUAUUUUAUAAUUAGUAUUUGUUUUGUGAUAUUUUUGUUAUACUGUUCAAUAUAUUUUUGAAACAAAGAA